AUGAGACCGUUUACGACCCCUGCAAUAGUUCUAACUGUCACCUUCCUCUAUCUAUUCUAUCCUGUUGCAGGAGCAGGUGACCAGUUUUACAUAUCGCUUCUGGAAGAAGGCAGAAAAACUUCCAGGUGGCAUUUCUCCCUCAUCGUCCACAACAAAGCACCAGGAAGCACCGUAACCGCCAACGAUGAAUUCGCUCAAUUCGACUACAGGAUAGACAAACCGACGGGGCUAUUCAAAUAUCAUCAGCAGCUACGCUGGCGGCCAAGAGAAGCUCACCAACGGACCGGGAUAUUCGAUCACAUCGCACCCAUUGGCGUUAAGAAGGGGGAAGAACACGUCCGCCAGGGAAACAAGGAAGGAAAAAUCAUCAACAAUGUGAUUGCAGUCUUAAAAGGAGCCAAUCCCAUGCCUCAGGUCACGAAGACGGGGAAUUUCCGCAACUGCCUCGAUCUCGCCAUAGAAGGGUUGAGGGCUCUAUCGCUUGACGAUAACCAAGCUAUAUCUACUACAGACUACAACAUGUUCAACGCAUACAAAGAGUCUAUCCAAAAGGACGUCCGCCUAUGUACCGACAGGACAGCCUAUAAUCAUUGGGACAACAAGCCUGCUCCACUUCCGGAUCCAACACCUGACUCCGAAGAGGCGAAGAACUGCAUUGGAGUUCAAACGCGCGCCGCCACACCGAAGGACGAGGGGAACCAAGCAUCAGGCGGGAACGAUGAUAAAGGAGAAGGAUCGAGUGCGGGUAAGGAAGGGAAGAACAAACAGACGACCGCCAAAAGGAGUACGACUGGUCCAUUCAAGAACGGUUCCCCAAGCCCCCCAAGCUCGAAGCGGCGAUCUCCACGCCUUUACACACAGAACAAGAAGGGGAAAACUCCGCCGUUGACUGUGGGGCACUCGAAGAAGGUUUCGAAGAAGGGGGAUAGAACACGGGCUCUUCUUGGCGUUACGAGUUCGGAAUCUUUACCGCGCGAGACGCCUUGA